AUGGUGUUUUCCCGUCAAUUUGGGAUGCUGGUGGCUAUGGCAGCCCUGGUGGUUGCUGCCCCAGCACGACCAGUGCCUCGAGAUGUCUCAUCAGCUACGCUGAGUGAGUUGACAUUGUUCUCCCAGUAUGCAGCAGCCUCAUACUGCACGAACAACGUCAAUUCUGCAGGUGAUGCCGUGUCUUGCUCGGGAGGUUACUGCCCGCAGGUUCAAUCCGCGGGAGCUAAGACUCUAUAUGAAUUUGAUGACUCCACCGACUUUGGCGAUGUGGCAGGGUUCUUCGCCGUAGAUAACACCAACAAACGGCUGGUGCUGUCCUUCCGCGGCAGUCGAACCAUCAGCAAUUGGAUUGCCAAUCUGGACUUUGGCCAGACCGAUGCCAGCAGUCUCUGCUCUGGCUGUGAAGCUCAUUCGGGCUUCUUCAAAGCCUGGGAGGCCGUCGCUGAUGCUCUAACCGCCCAGAUUGCCAGCGCCACAGCAACUUAUCCCAGCUACAAGCUUGUGUUGACGGGUCACAGCUUCGGAGGUGCCGUGGCUGCUCUAGGUGGAACUGCCCUGCGCAAUGCAGGAUAUACCCUAGAUCUGUAUACAUACGGCCAGCCACGCGUGGGUAACACCGCGCUAGCCCAGUACAUGACGAGUCAAGGCUCCUUGUGGCGCGUUACCCACUCGGACGACAUUGUUCCCAAGUUGCCCCCAGCUUCGUGGGGAUUUACCCAUGCCAGCCCCGAGUAUUGGAUUACUAUCGGUGAUGAUGUGACUGUCACAACGAGCGAUGUCACGAAAGUCACUGGCGUGGGCUCGAGUGGUGGUAAUGCCGGGACUAGUGGGGACAGUGUGUCGGCGCAUAAUUGGUACAUUGUGGAUAUUGAUGGAUGUCAAUGA